UCUGAGUGACUCAGACACUCGGAGGUUAGUUAGCUUCAGGUUAGCUUCAGGUUAGCUUCAGGUUAGCUCCAGGUUAGCUUCAGGUUAGCUCUCAGUCUGUUUAUCUGCUUCUUCAUGUUGCUAACUGUUAGCCCCGGCGGCUAACGGAGCUGGAGCUGCCGGAGUGCCGCUGAGCAAACAGCAACAGGCUGAUGAACCGUGAGUACAGCUCAGCCGUGAGGCUGCAGAGCGGGACGGAGGGGAACAGGUGUGUUUUGAGCGCUGUGAUGUAAGGCGAUGCCCACUCGUCCAUCAUGGCGAGCGUCACGCUCAGGUACUUCUGUUAUGGCUGCCUCGUCACCUCGGCCACCUGGUCUGUCCUCCUCUUCCUCUACUUCUCUCUGGGGGCGGAGCCUGGCCAUGGCAGGACGCCACUGCAACACCGCAGCCAGCCAAUCACAAAGGACAUGGCAGAGCAUAGGGCACGGCGUCGACCUCUGCCGGCCAAUAAGGGAGCGGAGCUGUCGCCAGAGAUGGGGAUGAUCUUCAAUGAGGCUGAUCAGGAGAUCAGAGACACCGGCUACCAUCGACAUGCCUUCAACGUCCUCAUCUCAACCAGACUGGGAUACCACCGAGACCUGCAGGACACCAGAGACCCCAAGUGUAGAGAUAAGGUGUACCCCCUGGCUCUACCUUCUGCCAGCGUAGUGAUCUGUUUCUUUAAUGAGGCGUUCUCUGCCCUGUUGAGGACGGUCCACAGUGUGCUGGACAGAACACCUGCGUACCUGCUGCACGAGAUCAUCCUGGUGGAUGACCACAGCGAGCUCGAGGAGCUGAAGGAGGACCUGGAUCGGUACGUCAGUCAGGAGCUGCUAUCCAAAGUCAAACUGGUUAGGAACCAGAAGAGGGAAGGACUCAUCAGAGGACGCAUGAUAGGGGCCUCACAUGCUUCUGGUGAGGUGCUGGUCUUCCUGGACAGUCAUUGUGAGGUGAACUCUGAUUGGCUGCAGCCUCUGCUCACUCCGAUCCUGAAGGACGCUCACACAGUCGUCUGUCCUGUCAUCGACAUCAUCUCUGCUGACACGCUGACGUACUCCCCCUCCCCCAUCGUCAGGGGGGGCUUUAACUGGGGGCUGCACUUCAAGUGGGACCCUGUCCCCCCUGCCCAGCUCAGCGGGCCCGAGGGAGCCACUGGACCAAUCAGAUCUCCCACCAUGGCUGGGGGUCUAUUUGCCAUGAACAGGAAGUACUUUAACGAGCUUGGCCAAUACGACUCCGGCAUGGACAUCUGGGGCGGGGAGAACCUGGAGAUCUCCUUUAGGAUCUGGAUGUGUGGUGGUCAGCUACUCAUCGUCCCGUGUUCCAGAGUCGGUCAUAUUUUCAGGAAGCGCCGUCCGUACGGCUCACCGGGGGGGCAGGACACCAUGGCCCAUAAUUCAUUGCGGCUAGCUAAUGUGUGGAUGGAUGACUACAAGGAGCAGUAUCUAUCCCUCCGUCCUGAACUGAGGGAGCGGAGUUUUGGUGAUGUCAGUGAGCGUGUGGCGUUGAGGAAGCGUCUGCAGUGUCACUCGUUUCGCUGGUAUCUUGACAACGUGUACCCGGAGAUGCAGACCGUCAUCAACGGCAACAAGCAGCAGCAUCAGCCCCUGUUCAUCAACAAGAACCUGAGGAGGCCCAAAGUCCUGCAGAGAGGACGGCUCCGUAACCUAGCGACCGGGCGCUGUCUGGUUGCUCAGGGACGAGCCAGUCAGAAGGGUGGCGUUGUCGUCCUGAGACCAUGUGACCUUCAAGACCCUGAACAGGACUGGUCCUUUGAUGAAGAGGGUCAGCUGGUCCUGGCUGGUCUGCUGUGUCUGGAUGUGUCUGAGGUCAGGACCUUUGACCCCCCCAGACUGAUGAAGUGUCACGGCUCAGGGGGGUCUCAGCAGUGGAUCCUGGGGAAGUCUAACCGGCUCUACCAGGUGUCGGUGGGUCAGUGUCUCGCCGUUGCUCAGCCAAUCGGACCCAAGGGUUACAUCUCCAUGGCGAUAUGUGACGCGUCAGAGGCACAGCAAUGGCAGCUGGAGAACUGAGGAUGAUGACAUCACACGUUAGAGAGACAGACAGACAGACAGGUUUUUAGAGAGUGAGACAGUUUCUUUUCUUGUUUUAUUUUUUCUCAGGAUGUUUUUAUGAAUCAAACUGUCCUUACACAUCCUGGAAUAUUUUAAAGUUGACUUUGAAGGAUUCAAUGAGCCAGCAGGAGGAGUCUGAAGAGGAACAGAUGUCAGACCUGGGAAGUCCUGGAACAUACUGUGAACUCUGGACUGAAACACUGUUUGUUUUCCAGGACCACCAGGGGGAGUUAUUUAUUGAACAUAUGAUCACUCACCUUUGUGGGGUCAGGUGACUCACCUGUGUGGGGUCAGGUGUCUGCAGAUUUGAGUCUUUAAACAUUUCAAAGUGAAUAAACGCUCUUUAUGAAACCAG